UAAUAUAUCUUUAUUUUGUUUCAGGUGUUACAUGCAAAAAGAAAUUGGAAAAUUCAAGAAGAAGAAAGAAGGGACUCAAUUGAAGAAAUUAAAAGUUGGAUGGCUCAAGCCCUGCCCAGCCUUUCCUCGCACCAAGCCCUGCGCCCCUAAGCCUGCGCCCCUACGCCUCUACCCCUGCACCUGCCCUGCACCAAAUCCUGGCCUUGCUCUGCACCGAGCCUGCGCCCCUGCUGCACCGAGCCUGCGCCUGGAUCACGCCCAGAUUUCCUUGCUAUGCGCCCCCUGCUGCGUUGACCCUGCUGCUGCGCCUUUGUCCUUGCAGCCAACCGAGCAUGAGACAAACCUGCAGGAUGACAUCACGCUCCAGCUUUGUUGGCUGCCCUGCAGGGCCAGUUUUGGCCUCACCCGAUCAACGGUGGAAGGAAAAAGAAGAAAAAUUGAAGGGUUUGGAUGAGGAGAGAAGAAGGGUUUUUAGGGUUUCUGUGUUUGGGUAUAAAUAGAGGGUUUUAGGUUAGAAACGGGGGGGGGGUCUUUUGUUUUUGAGGCUGGGUGUUGAGAACGGCAGUAGAGAGGAGAGGGCGGUAGAGAGAGAGAAGUUCAAAAAAUGGAGAUCUGGUUUUGAGAGGGAGAAGAAAAAUGAAAAAUUGAAAGGAAAAGAUCUGGGCUGGAGGUGGAUCUCUUGGUCUGAGUUUGGGGUGUUGCUUGAGAACAGCGGGAGGAUCACUGAGCUGAGCAAGAUUCUGCAUUUUUUGGGUUUUCAUCUUAGGUAUUUUCCUGCAACAGAGGAGUCUUUUUUGGGGAGGCAGUGAGGGGAAUGAUCUGGCUUGAUCUCGUGGGUGGGAUCCGCCAGAUCGGACUCCGAUCUGUUACCCAAAAAGCUCCGCCGUGUUUGCUUCUUUUGUCUUUCUGUUUCCGUGACAUGCUUUUGUGAUGUUUACGUUUGUAUAUGUUUAUUGAAAAUCAAUGAAAGAUAAAAAAAAUGUUCAGUU